AUGACAAAAUGCCAUUGGAGUUGUUUAGACUGUGAUGGUGCAGGUAAGACACGUUGCUUGUCUUGUUCAGUUGAGUCAAACAGAAUAUAUCUUCCUGAAGUUAAGCAAUCGUUUGCCCAUUUGAUACAAUAGAUUAUGAAAAUAAAUGUAUUACUUAUUUAGAUGUAAAUCUAAAGUUAAAUAUUCUAGAGGAUAAUUAUCAAAAAUGCAAAACUGGUUAUUUGGGGUUGGGUUUGGGUUUGGGUUUGGGGUUGGGGUUGGGUUUGGGGUUGGGGUUGGGGUUGGGUUUGGG